CAACAGAAUGAUGUCACCCAUUCAAAACAAGCCCAGACACACACCGACCGAUUGCUGGACAGGCGAUGCACGGUGUACUCAUCGGACCCACAGGACUGGACAAGCUGACAAGCCGGGGACGGUUGAAGACCCACCGCCACACAUCAACGACACGAGCCGUAAUUAUUAGACACGCGCUCUUUGGUGUUUUUGAGCCGUUCCUGUUCCUCCAAUAGUCAUCAUCAGACUACCUGUCAAAACGACAAAGUGACAGAUUCACGACGCUAUCGCUGCAGAUUUCUGGACACGACAAUGACUCUGGAAGAUGAUCUGACAACAGCCGCAGCGAUGGGAAACACGGCAGAUGUGGAGUAUCUCCUGCGGGCAGGAGCUGAAGUUAACGGCGUCAACUGUUUCGGUCGAACCGCUCUACAGGUGAUGAUGAUGGGGAGCACGCCGGUGGCUCAGCUGUUACUGAAGCAUGGAGCGGAUCCCAACGUGGCGGACACAAGCACCGGGACCACCCCGCUGCAUGACGCAGCCAGGACGGGCUUUGUGGACACUGUGCGGUUGUUGGUGAAAUUCCAGGCUGACCCGCAGACCAGAGACAAUACAAACAAUCGGGCUAUCGAUUUGGCCCGAGAGAACGGCCAUAGGGAUGUGAUCGAUUUUCUGCAGUCUCUUUAAAAUACUAAGUGAUAUUUUUGUUGUAAAUGGGGGCUUUGAGAAACGGGGCCUGAAGAGGCCUGCAGCCAAAAUUAUAGGCUACAUCAGCAUGUUUUGCUGAAAAACGGUUUUUUUUUUUUUUUAAUUUAUUUGUCAGAUUUUUUUUUGUUGGUAAUAUAGCCAUCUCUUUUUUGUUGUUUGGACAAAAUCGGAGUUAGGCUCAGGGUCGUUGUUAUAACAAAUAACACAAUAGCGCUAAAGCCACUGUAAACCAGGCUAUUGGGGAUAUUAUACUUUACGACCUUAACACAAUUUGUUGUAGAUUUAUCUUCCGUGGUAUAAUUGAAAUAUAGGCUAUCGAUUAGCUUAUAAGGAACCCCACUUUAUAUAGUGUACAGUUUUAAUAUAAUGUUUGUUAAGUAGUCUACAUUGUAUUUUUAAAAUAGGAUUAUUGUUGGUUAUAAACCAUAGCGAAUACCUUAGGCUAUUUUGAAUAUCUUUCCAUGUCAAAUAUUUAAUCAAAACCAUUCAAACUGUUUUGCACAUUGCACAUUAGUGUCUAACGUAUUCUGUGAGCAUUAGCCUAUCUCUAUUCUGCAGGGACUUCCGAGUCCCACUUGCUGUUUGUACAAAUGCUAUUUCCGAACUCGCAUAUUAUGCACUUUAAUAAAAUCUAGAUUUAGGCCUAUUUUAAGUAUUUUAAGAUUAACAGAUUAGAAACAGUAAUACUAUGGUUAUGCUUUACAUAUGGUCUAAAUGAUGGAUUAGGCUAUGGUACCAGAGAAUAAAAAAACAAUUAAAAAUCAA